AUGAACGCCAAUUGGAGUCACUAUUAUGAUGUCAUUAAGAAAGUAUCAUCAUUGUCCGGCCAGUGGCCCUAUCAGAGACCAAUAUUGAGAUUGUUUUGUGUAAUUUUAAUAACUUUGAGCACGAUUUCAAUGAUUAUUCCACAGAUAGCUAAAUUUGUUAGGUGCGACGGAAACUUGCAAUGCAUUUUUGAAACUAUGACGUCCUAUAUGUUAACAACCGUAACAUUGAUCAAAUUAUAUACAUGUUACUUUAACCGAUGUAAAAUAAAAAUUCUCAUUGAUCAAUUAAUCAUUGACUGGAACGAAUUGGAAACACCAGAAGAAUACGAAAUUAUGAAAAAAUAUGCCAAGAAUAGCAGGAGAUAUUCCUUGGGAUACUCGUUGUACUGCUAUUUUGCUGUGUAUGUGUUUAUGUCUGUGUCUCUCAUACCACAAAUAUUGGAUGUCGUUUUACCUCUCAAUGAAUCUCGUCCUAUACUGCCGACAUAUCCAGGUUAUUACUUCAUUGAUGAGAGAAAAUACUUCUUCUAUAUCUUUUCACAUGCUAUCAUGGCUUGGGAAAUUGCUAUGACUGGAAUAGUCACUCACGACUGCAUGCUUCUAACUUACAUCGAACAUGUCUGCAGUAUUUUCGCUCUAGUUGGGUAA